AUGGCUGGACAUGGUUCUAUGCCUCGUAAUCUCUCCUAUUCUAAAGUGGCUAGAGCAUUAGCUGGUGAAGAGCUGAGAGAACGUGAAGUAAUACCGUUAGAUAGAGGUCUUACUGCACGAGAAGAAGGACGUUUCGUAUUCGAAUGCGCUUGGGAAGUGGCGAAUAAGAUCGGUGGCAUCUAUACCGUACUGAGAAGUAAAGCCCAAAUCAGUUGCGAGGAAUUAGGAGACCAGUAUUGUAUGUUUGGUCCUAUGAAAAAUGAUAAGUGGAGAUUGGAAGUAGAGAAAGUGGAACCGGAAAACAGGACCAUCAGAGCUGCAAUUAGAAAGCUUCAUGAGAGCGGAUUUGAGUGCAUGUAUGGCCGAUGGCUAAUCGAUGGUUAUCCAAAAGUGAUACUUUUCGAUUUGGGCUCUGGUGCUAAAAAAAUGAAUGAGUGGAAGCAGGAAUUAUUCGACAGGUGUCGAAUUGGUAUUCCUCACGAAGAUAUCGAAUCGAAUGAUGCAGUGAUUCUCGGAUUUAUGGUGGCGAUAUUUUUGAAACAUUUUAGAGAAUCGAUUGUCGACUAUCAACCCCUAGUGGUUGCCCAUUUCCAUGAAUGGCAAGCAGGGGUUGGACUGCUUAUGACACGACUUUGGAAAUUAGACAUAGCUACAGUAUACACGACACAUGCUACCUUAUUGGGAAGGCAUUUAUGUGCUGGCGGAUGUGAUUUCUACAAUCAGCUCGGCUCAUUCAACCUCGAUGAGGAAGCUGGUAAACGAAAAAUCUAUCAUCAAUACUGCCUUGAACGAGCUGCAUGUCAUUCUGCUCAUAUCUUCACAACGGUAUCUGAAAUUACUGGAUUGGAAGCCGAGCAUUUGUUACACAGAAAGCCCGACAUCCUAACUCCGAACGGACUCAAUGUUUUUAAAUUUGCUGCUUUGCAUGAGUUCCAGAAUUUGCAUUCAAUGGCCAAAGAGAAAAUCCACAAUUUUGUCCGAGGACAUUUCCAUGGCCACUUGGAUUUCGAUUUGGACAAAACUCUAUAUUUAUUUACUGCUGGAAGGUAUGAAUUCUGUAACAAAGGAGGUGAUCUGUUCAUCGAAUCGCUGGCUCGUCUGAAUCACUACCUACAGACUACUACCGAUCCUCGGCAUAAGGGGGUCACCGUGGUGGCUUUCAUUAUCUAUCCAGCCCCAUCCAACUCCUUCAAUGUCGAAUCGCUAAAAGGACAAGCUGUCACAAAACAAUUAAAGGAAGCAGUUGACAGGAUAAAGGAAAGCAUCGGUCAACGGAUGUUUGAUAUCUGUCUGCAGGGCCACCUUCCCGAUGGUCACGACCUUUUGUCUCCAGCUGAUAAUGUUCUGCUUAAACGAUGUAUAAUGGCAACGGAAAAAAGGGAUUUGCCACCUAUUUGUACCCACAAUAUGGUUCGUGGAGAUGAUGAGGUUUUAAGUGCUUUGAGACGGACGCAGCUGUUGAAUUUCCGUGAACAUCGAGUGAAAGUCGUAUUCCAUCCCGAGUUCUUGUCAUCUGUUUCUCCUCUGAUCGGUCUCGAUUAUGAAGACUUUGUGCGAGGAUGCCAUCUGGGAGUGUUCCCAUCAUACUAUGAGCCAUGGGGAUAUACUCCUGCAGAAUGUACAGUGAUGGGAAUUCCGUCCAUCUCGACUAAUCUAAGUGGAUUUGGCUGUUUCAUGCAGGAACAUGUCGAAGAUCCUUCAUCAUACGGUAUCUACGUGGUUGAUCGACGAUUCAAAAGUCCAGAAGAAUCCGUUCGACAAUUGGCUCAGAUAAUGUAUGACUUCUGUGGAAUGUCCCGUCGACAACGAAUCAUCCAACGAAAUCGAACAGAAAGGCUUAGUGAGCUACUCGAUUGGAAUAGUCUUGGCGUAUUCUACAGGGAUUGUCGUCGAAUGGCCCUCGAACGAUUACACCCCGAUGUGGACAAUAUAAUACGUCAAAAUGAAGGAAAUGUGCCAUCCGCUGCAACCAGUAGACGACCGAGUGUCGUCCAUACCAGCGAGGAAGAAGAUGGAAAUUAA